GUCCGUAGGGAUGUCCAUGGAGUAUGGUUAUGUGACGUCAGCAUGAUUCUCUCCAGAUGCCGAGAACAGGGUUACAGGAAGCUCUGGAAUGGCAUUUUCCACGACGAAAUUCUUAAUUGUAUCGAGACUCCGUUCUUGUACUCUCACCCUUCCAACUUGAUUAUUCUCAAUCAAUCACGCAAAUCAACGCAAUCCAAUUGCAGCUGCAUACAGACCAUCCCAACACGAAUCACAACACCAUCGAAUUCAAACAAACAAUAUGUGGAAGAGCCUCAUGUCCAGCGGCCGACAGGCUAUACGGCCCAAUUGUCCAUGCCACUCUGCUGCAAUCCUACCCCGACCAGCUACCGUGCGCCGCAAUUUCAUUGCCGCUCCUCGCCUUUGCAAGCAACCCCCCGAUACCAGAGAGUUUGACCGCGAAGCACUCGAUCCACAACCAUCAGAGGCGACCAAAACUGGUACAGAUGACCAAAUCGCCCAACAUGACUCUGCCUUUGAUCCUUCUAAUACCUCUCCCGAGAGCGAGCUGGAGGCGACCGAGCAAGAGGCCAAGUCGAAGGGAAAGCAGGGAACUUUGAACGUGAGCGGUGCCAAUAAGGAAGCCAAUGCCUGGCGAGGGCCGCAGGAAGGAGGGCCGGCGAGGAAUGCGGAUAAGCAAGAGACGAGCAAGAGAGGGCAACCGAAUAAGCGUCGUAGGGUUGAAGUGAAAGAGGACGGUACUCAUGUUACUUAUCGGUGAGCCGGUAACUGCAGUCAGUCACACUGGGGAUGGCACUGCAGAUAGACCUACAGCAUAGCUUGGGGAAAUGUACAUUAGGGCUAUCGAUGCAUCACUAAGAAUUACUCCAAAUCAUCAACACCUAUCGAGAA